AUGAAAUGUGGUAUACCUGUCAGUUAUUAUACCAAUCCUGCUUUGUAUAUGACGGAGCAAACAACUAAUAGCACUGAGAAUUCGUUGGCCAAUGAAUUUCAACGGCAAGCAUUAUUAAUGGAUAUGUGUUUGGAGCUUACUAGCCUUCUUAAAGAUCAGGAUGUUAACGGCUACUUUCUUUAUCCAUUGCCACACUCAAAGUACUCCAGGUCUACAUCACAAGUACUUGGAUUAUUGGAUAUUGAGAAGCAAGUUUUUCGGAAAUAUUAUCAAAGUCUAUCUGAAUUUCAAAAAGAUAUUUUAAAUUUACUGACUGGUGCUAUUCGUUACUAUCAAGUUGAAUCAAUGGCUUAUAAUGAAGCACAUCGCCUAUUAAAUUUAAGUCAAGAUUGGUUUAAUUCAUUGAAUCCAGAAUAUAUUACUAAUUUAAAUCUUGAAGUAAUUAAUAACAUUGAUGCUGACCUCGUAUCUAAAGAGACUUACUUGAAAAUUUUGAAUCCAGAUAACAAUGGUAUCAUUAAUGGGACAGAACGUGUUCAAAGUAUUGGAGAUGAGGCGGGUCACUUGAAUUCAGGCUCAUCUUUACUUCCAAAUGGUGGUUAUCGAGAAGAUAGACGCAAUAAGGUUAUACCAUACACAUACCUUGACUAUGGUCCGUAUUACUCCUUUGCUCCGACAUAUGAUAGUGGAGCUUCUCAUUGCACUCCAGAGUCGAAUCAAUUGUUAUUGGGAACCACAUGGCUUCCAGCUCGUACACCAUUUGUACUUGGUAAACGUUCGUUGACUGGUGGUUAUGAUAUAGACGGUUGUAUGGAUGACUUUGAAAUCACAGAUGAAGUAAUAUCUACUGUUUUAGAAAUGGGUGAUCAACAGUUGGCUAUCUCUCUGGCAGUUGCAGAGAAUGAACAGCGUGCUGUUACCCAAUUCAUAUGUUUAGCUAAUGCAUUCACACGUGAUCUUAUCAAGAAAAGGGAAAAUCUACCUAUUACAGUUUCAAAUGAAUCUUGUUCUGAAGCUGGUCCCGAAUCAGAAGAAUUAAAAACAGUCGAAAAGAAUGAAAUUGCAGAAAAUGUUGUGGAACCAUCAGUUGUCGAGAAUAUUUCUGCUACUUGCGAUUUGGAUUCGAUUACUCAUCAUGAUUUGGUGGAUUCAAAUGCAUGUACACAUCCUUAUGACGAUGAAAGUAAUAUCGAUAGCAGUAAUUCAUUGAACACAGAAUUAAUCAAAUCUGCAGAGGAUUUGAAUGCAUUGUACUGUGCACAAUACCUAAGACUUGGUGAUACAUCUCAGACUGUAAAUCUUGGUUCAACACUACAACCCACAUCGAAUGAAAUGGCUAUUGCGCAUAGAUUAACUGAACGAUUUGUUAAACUGGCAAAAUAUACUCGUCCACAAGAUCUUGUUCAUCCAUAUUCAGUAAGAAAAGCAAUGGGUUUAAAUCCAGAGGAGUAUUUUCUACCAGAAGAUCUAACCUCAGGAGAUAAUUUGAAUUAUUGUGAAUGA